AUGGCUGAGGUUCAAACAAAGCCUAGAGUUCAUAUCAAGUCCUGGAAGUGCGUUGCAUCUUGGAAAUGGGAUGUUGCUGAAGAGAAUGGUUGUAGCAUCUGUAACACAGAGUUUGAAAUGGCAGCUCCUGGUAUUAAAUUUCCGGGUGAUGAUUCGCCAAUAGUUCUCGGGCGAUGUGGUCAUGCAUUUCAUCUUCAAUGCAUUGAAAAAUGGAUUUAUAGACCUGGAUCAACUGGAACUUGCCCAAUUUGCCGAAGACCAUUUGAGUUCAAGAAUUAA